AGGAGAAGAAACGGAGAAAUAAUAAUAUAGAAAGCAAAAAACCAACGGUGUUGAUAAAUCAAACCCUAUUCCCAAUCUCUCAUCUCAGUCGUCUCCUUUCUCCCCCAUUUCUCCACCCUCCGAUCUCCCAAUUUUCCUCUACUCUCGCGCCCAAAUACAAAUUCGAAUGGCGGAUGGACGGGCAGGUGGCUCGUUGGGAGUGCCAGGAAGCCCUGGCGGCGGUGGCAGCCAUGACAGCGGGGGCGAUCAGAGCCCUCGCUCGGGUGUCAGGGAGCAGGACAGAUUUCUGCCAAUUGCGAACAUCAGUAGGAUCAUGAAGAAGGCACUCCCGGCCAACGGGAAGAUUGCUAAGGACGCUAAAGAAACCGUCCAAGAAUGCGUCUCUGAGUUCAUCAGUUUCAUCACCAGCGAGGCAAGUGACAAGUGUCAGAAAGAGAAAAGAAAGACGAUUAAUGGGGAUGAUUUGCUGUGGGCUAUGGCAACUUUGGGAUUUGAAGAUUACAUUGACCCAUUAAAGGUGUAUCUGGCUAGGUACAGAGAGUUGGAGGGUGAUACCAAAGGAUCAGGGAAGGGUGCAGAUGGAUCUGCUAGAAAGGAUGCACUUGUACCUAAUCCUGGUUCUCAGGUGCAGCUUGCUCACCAGGUUUCAUUCACACAAGGCAUGAAUUACUGAAGCUCUCAGUUUCUCUCCAUGGAAUUUGUAGUCACAAGCUCAACCUAUGGUGGUCCUCCCAAUGCAAGGCACAGAUUAGAACUGAAGUAUCUGCGGCCAAGGUCACCGUUUCCUCCUGCUCGAAUAGAUUGUCAAAGUUCAGGACGCAUUUUAUAUAUCAUAUAAAAAUAUGUGUGUUUGUCCUUGUGCUGUAAGCUAUUUCGCAUGGUAGAAUUAUGCGCUCUUUGUAUUCUAGUUGUUCAGGUGUGUUUCUCGAGUAGUAAUUUAAAGUAAGAUUGCAAAUUAUUGAUGUUGGUUUGAGAUUCAUUAUUAUUAUUAUUGCUAGUGGCAAAGACCUUAUUAUUUUUCUUGCCAAAUUGAA